GAAUCUUCAGCCCUGGCCCGCCUAUCGAUACAUCUGGCACAAAAGGCGUGCAGAGUUGUUCUCCAAAUUUCCUGUCGCGAAUUUUAUUCAUUUAUAAUUAAUUGCAAGCCAUGGCCGAACUGGACGAUUUCUUCGCGAAAAAGGACAAGAAGAAGUCCAAGAACAAGACCAAGUUCGUUACCGCCGACGAGAUGGUGAAGAACCUGGAGGACGGCAGCAAGCGCGAGGUGGUCAAGCCUAAAAAAGCAGAGGCAGUCGCUGGCGGCGUGGCAGUAGUAGGCGAAAACGAGAAUAGCGGCACCAAGGUGCCAGAGUCCGCCCCGCCCGUCGAGGAGGAAUGGAAGGAGUUCGAGGAGGAGCAGCGCAAGGACUACAGCGGCCUAAAGAUCGGCCAGCUGAGCACCAUCUCUUCGGCCCGUUCCAGAACUGCCCAGGAAAGUACCGAGUCGCGAGCUGACCGAGUGCCCUCUGCCCCGGACGGCGGUAACUACGACGAGGACGAUGAGGACAGCAAUGGGUAUGACAACGCGGACGUAAACAAGGAGCGCGUCGGCCACGGACCCUGGAAGAAAGUGGUGCCAGCCGAGGAGGUAAUGCAGAUCCCGGUGCCCGUGGAGGUGGAAAAGCCCUCGUCCAAGACCUACGUUUCACCCGCGCUACGAUACAGCCAGCAGGCCGGAAGCGGACUGGGAGGCAGCACUAUUGGGGGGGCAUCGCGUCCACGACGCGCCGCCCCCGACAUCACCAAUACCGAGUUUUUCCCAACACUCAGUGCGGCGCGUCCGGAGGAACAGCGCAAGAAGAAAAACGAACCCGCCUUCGAAGAAGUCCGGCACGGAAGCCGUUUCCAGCGCGUUCAGGAGUCCACGGCUGCCCCGGUGGCGGCCUCCAACCGAUUCCAGUCGCUCGACGACGAAGCAAGCUAGGUCAGCCCACGCCAACGGUGCUGCUGCUGGCCACGGGAACCGCUAUCAAACACAGUGUCCGCUGCCGAGCUCAAGUCAUCCAAGGGUUCUGCGCCAGCACAUGCAGAUUUUCUAGGCUUUUUGAUUCAUAUAAACCACCACUGCUACUCUUACCC